AUGAUCCAUGUGCGUGAUAAUGUGAGUGCCAGAGGUGCAGGAAAUUAUCAUGACAUCAGUGGACUCGAGUGUCCACCAGACUCAGAACCGCCGGUGGUAGAAAUGCCAUCAGAAGACAGUGGUCCGGUUCCUGGUGCAGGGAUCGGUGAAGUUGAAGUCGAAGGAAUGGAGGCGCCAAGUAAGCGAGCCAGAAUGAUGACACCCUUGACCAUGGCUCUCCGACGGGAUGCAAGCAUGCUUGAUGCAGGACAGUCGAGUGCAUCAUCCAUGUUUCCUCCUGCCGUUAGCGUUGAGGCACAGGACAUACCGGUGCCCGGAGGCGAAGCUGAAGACGAGGACUUGGAGGUUCUUCUGGCAGAUGGAGAUCAUUGGUUGAUUGAUCAUGGUCGGCAAAAGCUUGUGCGUGUGCAUGUUUCAGAGAUGCGUGGUAGCUUCAUUCCGAAGGAGCUUGAGUUGCCAGUUGACGUUGAGCAUGUGAGCAAGCGCUGUCGUCUUGUGGCAUUUGAUCGUGAAGGUCGCAAGGUUGUUCACGAAUACGAGUGGAAAGGCGGCGAUUCGUCACCGCCAGCCAUGAAAGGACCGUGGACCGGGACAACAGAGUUUGAGCUUGCGCAUGGUUGGUCUUGGAAAAAGCAUGAACUGGAGUGUUACGAGGUUGCAGCCAAAAAGGGUCGUAAAGAGCUCACGGAAGCUGAGGUUGGUCCAGAUCGACGAGUCGGUUUGGAUGCGGCAAAAACAAAGGAGUGGAACAAGCUUGUGAGCAGCGGUGCAAUUGUCGUGCAUGAGGGUCGUCAAGCACUGAAGUUGAGAGCAUCCAUGGAGAAGAAGCGUUUCGCCACGGCUAUGCAGCUCAUUGCUUCGCAUGGUUGGUCACUGAACAUUGCUGACGUGGAGGGCGGAGUCCCAGGAGUUGCUGAAGGAAGUUUGAUUGAAGCGGUCAAGACUGUAUAUGGGCUAGCUGUAGGCAGCGGUGAGUUCUUGGGUAAACAGCUGAAGCAACAAGCCGAUGGCAGCAUUACCAUCAGUCAGAAAUCAUAUGCACAACAACAAAAGGGUCUGGAGAUUUCUCCAGAGCGGCGACGUGAAAAGCAUGAGCUUAUCACUGAAGAGGAAGCAGACCCGAUCUUGGUGCGUGGUGUUCGUUACUCCAACAACGUGUCAACUCGGCAACAGUCGCUGAUCUUAUCGAGGUGA